AUUUCUACGGAUCGGUUGGCGCCGCGCCAUGUGGACAAAGCCGCCACCGGAAGUGUCUUGCGUGUCAAGCAGCGUGGAGUCCUUCUACCGGGGCGCUGUGGCAGGUGGCGUAUUCGGCUUGGUCUUUGGACCAGAGACGGGGAUGGGUCUUAUGGCCCAUUUGAUGGCACCCUUUCGGCCUGCUCUAUUGGCAGGUUCUUGGUGUCUUCUGACCUCAUUCUCUUCCUGCGCUCUGUCUCGGGAUGGACUUCCUUUCCCUUGGAACGGUGCCGUUUCGGGUCUCUUCUCAGGAGCUGUGAUCAGCCUGGUCAGCCGCUGGCCACGGGAGUCGACGGCCUGGACUAUGGCUGGAAGCUCCAUCCUCAGUGUCUUGUCUCACUAUGCCACCGAAGGACAGAAUGUCAAGGCCACCAGGAUCUUUACGCCAAAGUCAAUCGACGAUUCCGAGCGUGCUCAGGAGCUUGGGCAGUGA